UACUCUCAAACCCAAUCACGUGACGGGGAGUAAUUCAAGAUGGCGACGUCCACAGACGACGAUUGGAAGUUUGACAAAUUUGAUGAUGGAUCUUUACGAAUUGUUGGAGAGGUUCAACUGAAGAAGUAUGGCAAGUUUCUGGAAGAGUAUGCUACUCAGCUGAAGGAGAUCGAGGACGCCUUGGAUGACUCCAUAGGAGAUGCCUGGGAUAUGACCCUGGAUCCCAUAUCACUACAGUUCCUUCCCUAUGAGCAGACGUCCCUCCUACAGCUUAUCAAGACAGACAACAAAGUGCUGAACAAGGUGAUCACAGUGUUUGCUGCGCUGUGCAACGAGAUGAGACAUCUGAAGUAUGAGGCAGAGACCAAGUUCUAUAAUGCUCUGAUGUUCUAUGGAGAGGGAGAGCCAGAAACUGGUCUUGAUGAAGGAGAGGUGCAGAUACAAAUGGGAAGAAUGUUACCUUUGAUACAGGAAUUAUCUUGUUUUGUGAAUCGUAGUUAUGAAGUUGUGAGGAGUGUCAUUCAGCAGCUGUCCUCACUGUAUAACAGAAUCUGUUCUAUUUUCCAGAUUGUGUAUGAACACCUGGGGGACCUCCUGUCUGUCCUCAUUACUCUGGAUGAGAUAGUGGAGAGCCACGAGACACUGAAGGAACACUGGACUUUGUACAAAAGGAUGUUGAAGUCAGUCCACCACAACCCUACCAAGUUUGGGUUCACAGAUGACAAGCUGCGGCCUUUUGAGAAGCUGCUGAUGAGGCUGGAAGGACAACUGUUAGAUGGGAUGAUUUUCCAGAACUGUGUGGAGCAGCAGUUUGAUGACAGGACUGUGCAGGUGUCCAAGAAUGGCAUGUUUGCUGAGGAGUUUGCCCUCAAUGUUAGAACCUACCUGAACCAAGUGGAACCUAGACUAGGCGAGACUUCAGAGACUGACCAGAGACUGAAGUUUGUGGGUGUCUGUGGGCUCUAUGUUCUCCACUUCCAGAUCUUCAGGGUCAUUGAUAAGAAAGUCUUCAAGCAAAUGUGGGAUGUCUAUAAAAAGGUCCCUGCAGUGUCUCUGGUAGGUAAUGUUGUGUGGUAUUCCAAUGAUUUCCUGACCCAGAAGUUACCCCACAUGGCCAGAGCUCUGGAUAGGAAGGUACAGCAGGCAGUACCAUCACAUAGACAGGCCUGGCUACAGCAGAAGUCACAGAACUUACAGAGAGACGUGCAUGCGUUUGAUGUUCAGGUCAGUGCCUGGAUGGUACAGAUGGAGUCUUACUUGGAGAAAGCCAGCUCUUUAAUGGAGGACCUCAAUCAGAGGAGUAGUCUCUUCAUUCAGGGAGUGUUAUACGCCCACAAUAUCAGCCACCUGGUGAGGACAGUGAUGAACCUUCAUGUGGCCCUCAGUAAACCUAUGACCAAGACCUCAGUGCUUAGUCUCUGUAGACUAGUGGAGCUGCUCAAGGCCAUAGAGCACACAUUCCACAGGAAGAGUAUGUUGGUAGCUGAGUCCAUGAACCAUGUGAUACAACAUCUCACCUUCCAGGCUCUCAACCUCAUAGCUGUGGCCAAGAAAAAGAUGAUAUCAGAUCGUAAAUACAGCGAGUCUAAGCUGGACAUCCUGUCAGCCCUGGUGCUGGGGGAGAAUGCUCUCAAUGGACCAGGAACCAAGGAGAGAAGACUGAUCACUUACCUAGCUCUGGCUGUGGGAGCAAGGAUGAAAAGUUUCCGUGAUGAUGAGCUGGCCAGUCUGUAUUCCACGCUGAAGAAACUGGACGCCAUAUGUGACCUGAGAGAGAAAGUGCACCAGGCCUGUGACUGCAGUUUUUUCUACUGGCACAGGGUGGUCUUCCCUAUAUAUCUUGAUGACUUGUUUGAGAAUCCUACUGAGGCCCACAGACUACAUUAUAUGAUGGGAGCGUUAAGUGACAGUGUCCCGCUGAUGAAGCAAGCCAGACAUCUGACCAGUGCCCAGGUAUUACUGGAUGAGUUUGAUAAAGAGGUCCACAGGGAGCUCAAAGAUCACCUCCUGGGUCCCCUGUGUACUGAGAUAGAGACAGACCUCCGCCUCCACAUCCACUCCCAUCUUCAGCUGGACGACCGCAAUCCAUUCAAGGUCGGCAUGAAAGACCUGACGCCAUUUUUACAACUUCGACCAAUCAGAUUGUUUGACAAGAUGAUAAAUGUGAAAGCCCAUGUUGAACACUACCUUGACCGCACCUUCUACAACCUGACCACCGUGGCCCUCCACGACUGGAAGACAUACGGGGAGAUGAAGAACCUGGCCACACAGAAAUACAAGUUGAGGAUGGUAGAGCCGCACCUACCAAGUCAAACUCUAGAACAGGGCUUGGAUGUCCUGGAAAUUAUGAGGAACAUCCAUGUUUUUGUAUCCAAAUUUCUCUACAACUUAAACAACCAGAUUUUCGUAGAGAGGUCCAGCAAUAAUAAGCACCUGAACACUAUCAAUAUCCGCCAUAUUGCCAACUCCAUUCGUACCCACGGCACGGGCAUUAUGAACACCACUGUGAACUUUACAUAUCAGUUUCUCAGGAAGAAGUUUUUCAUCUUCUCCCAGUUUAUGUAUGAUGAACACAUCAAAUCCAGGCUGAUCAAAGACUGGAAGUUCUUCAGAGAAAAUCAUCUGCAAACAGAUCAAAAGUAUCCAUUUGACAGAGCAGAGAAGUUCAACAAAGGUAUCCGCAAACUUGGUCUGACACCAGAGGGCAACACUUACCUGGACCAGUUUAGGCUACUUGUGGGACAGAUAGGUAAUGCGAUGGGUUACAUCCGUAUGAUCCGUUCUGGUGGACUCCAUUGCUGCAGCAACGCAAUCCGCUUUGUGCCAGAUUUAGAGGACAUUGUGAACUUUGAGGAGCUGUGCAAAGAGGAGGGUCUGUCUGCAGAAUGCCAGAGGGCAGCAGGGAAUUUGGACAAUGUCAUUGGAAAUAUGGCCAAGAAUUUUGCAGAAGGAACAGAAUACUUCAAGCUUCUGGUGGAUGUUUUUGCCCCAGAAUUACGAGAUCCCAAGAACAUGCAUCUUAAGAACUUGUUUGUUAUUCUUCCACCCUUGACCCUGAAUUUUGUAGAACACAGCAUCAGCAGCAAAGAAAAAAUGACCAAAAAGAACAAAGUUGGUGCCGCUUUCACUGAUGAUGGUUUUGCCAUGGGUGUUGCCUAUAUUCUGAAGUUGUUAGACCAGUACCAUGAGUUUGACUCUCUUCACUGGUUCCAGUCAGUCAGAGAAAAGUAUUCCAAGGAAAGGCAACAAGUUUUACAACAGCAGCAGUCCAAUGUUAGCCGUUCUGACGACAAACUUCAGCAGACGAUGACUCUCACAGUGAAGAGGCUGGAUACGUAUUUGAAGGAGUUUGACCUACUCUAUUACUCCCUCAGCAGUGCCAGGAUUUUCUUCAGGGCUGACAAGACGGCUGCCGAGGAGAAAGAGGAGAGCAAAGAUAAGGAAAAACAAGGUGAUCAAGCCUCAGGAGAGGGAAGUGGUCAGGAACAACAACAACAACAACAACAGCCCUCAGAUGCAGCAGCACCACCGCCGCCACCAGUUGAGUCUUCAGGGGGUGCACCACCACCCCCACCCCCUCCGCCUCCUCCACCGCCACCGCCGCCUCCGCCAAUGUAGAUUGUCAGCUGACCAUGAGGACUGGACGUAUUAUUACAGGACAAAGUGCUCAUAUCCCUAAGUGCAUUGUUGCAAUAAGUUGAUAUAUCCUGGUUUGUGCUGAUGAAAAAUAAUAUAAAUAUAAAAAUAUGCUAGAAAAAUAUCAAAUUUUGAAAGAUGAAUUUAUUGACAGUUAAUGUGUUUACUGUCACAAAGGUGCUUAUGCUCUAAGAACUAGACAUUUAUAUCCAAGGUAUCACAUUGUUGAUAGUUAAUUUAAUGGACAUAGAAUUACAAGAGGUAAAUGAACUUUGAUAAUUAACAUUUAUUAUUAAUUAUUUAAAAUGUCACAUGUUCUGGUGUAACUUUUGCACCAACAGCUUAUAAUUGGCAUAUCUUUUGGGUCAUUACAAACUGAUGUACCAGAAGUUUGAUAUUUAUGGACAGCACAGAUGUCAUCUCAUAUUGUCUCUUUACACUGAGGUCCUCAGCUGUGAAGUCACUGAAUCAGAGCUUGGAGACUUGUGUACUGAAAUGAGGUACCGGUAUUUGAGUAGCAGUUAUUCAUAGAUAUUAUAGAGCUAAAUGAAUACCAUAGAUUAUAUUAGUUGGUUUCUUAUGGCCGAGAUAAACAGUUAUUUCAUGUUGAUUCUUGUCUAUAUUGAAGAAUUUUAAGUGGUGCUUUAAUAUUGCCCACAUCUUGAUUAACAUAUUUAUAUAUUGUGUGGAAUGUUGUCUUAUAAACCAUGUUUCUUUUUUUAUCAUUUUGAGACAAAAAUAUCAUUUAUAUUGACAGUCAUGUAAUUAUUUUAAAAUAUAUGGUCAAGUAAAAAUGCAUACGGUUAUCAAUGAAAAUUACUACUAUCUCAUAAAGAAGGAUUCUAUUUUUACUAUGAUUGUAAUGGAUCUGUAUUAUAUUACACUGUAUUACUGAAGCUACAUAUGAAAUAAAACUUGUUGAUGUACAUGUACAUGUAUCAGAAAAUAUGGCAAUAAUUGAAUAAAAGGAAGAAAAAUAAUGAACAGGUGUUAAAUUGCAUAAUUGAAUAAUGUCUGAAAUAAACUUGUGAUUGAUAAACAGUUUUUCAUUCUCUGCUUCUCUCUUGCUGAUAAUUUUUUAAUUAUUCAGAAGCCCUCAGCAAUUGUUUUAUUAUUAUUAUCAAACUUGCAACCCGAGGGUUAGAUAAUUACAAUCAUUGCAUCAUAGUUGAAUAAAACCAAUAGUGAGUAAGAAUAAAGGAAUGUUAAAAGACAUGUAAACAAAUUUAAAAAG